AAAAUUAAGCAAAGUCUUCAGAUAAAAUCAGGAUUGACAGCCAGGCCCUGUGGUUCCAGAGCCAAGACUCCUGCGGUUGGGUUUCAAUUGGCAACCUCAGUUGCUAGGAGGUCCCGGAGGCCAGCGCUGGAUUCGCAAAGCCGAAGCUGCCCUGCGAAUGGAAACCCGGUGCAAAAGGAGAUUGGCAGGUAUAGCUGGCCACCCCUGGGGCCGAAGAUUCAGAAGGGGCCGACUGGAGCCUCCGGAAACAGAGGUAGAGGCGGACCAGCUUGGGAAGAGACCACCCUGGAAGCCGCGCGUCUUUCUCUGUGACUUUCUAAAACUAAAGAUACGUCACGACGGAUCAAACAGCUACCGUUUGAUGCAGCUUGGCUGUCUGGAGUCCGUAGCCAAUUCCACUGUCGCCUAUUCCUCCUCCUCUCCUCUAACUUACUCUACCACCGGCACCGAGUUUGCGUCCCCCUACUUCUCCACUAACCACCAGUACACCCCGCUCCACCACCAGUCUUUCCAUUACGAGUUUCAGCACAGCCACCCGGCGGUCACCCCCGACGCCUACUCUCUGAACUCGCUCCACCACUCGCAACAGUACUACCAGCAGAUCCACCACGGGGAGCCCACCGACUUUAUUAACCUGCACAAUGCGCGGGCGCUCAAGUCCUCCUGCCUGGACGAGCAGAGGCGGGAGCUGGGCUGCCUCGAUGCCUACCGCCGCCACGACCUGUCCCUCAUGAGCCAUGGCUCUCAGUAUGGAAUGCACCCAGAUCAAAGACUCCUGCCAGGGCCCAGCCUGGGGCUGGCCGCCGCGGGAGCAGACGACUUGCAGGGCUCUGUGGAAGCCCAGUGUGGGCUCGUUCUUAAUGGCCAAGGUGGAGUGAUAAGAAGAGGUGGCACCUGUGUGGUCAACCCCACAGACUUGUUUUGCUCUGUUCCUGGUCGUUUGUCCCUUCUCAGUUCUACUUCCAAAUACAAGGUGACCAUUGCUGAGGUAAAGAGGCGGCUCUCACCACCCGAGUGCCUCAAUGCUUCACUCCUGGGAGGCAUUUUGAGAAGAGCAAAAUCCAAGAAUGGAGGCCGCUGCCUGAGAGAGAAACUGGAUAGACUUGGCUUAAAUUUGCCAGCAGGAAGACGGAAAGCAGCCAAUGUUACUCUCCUUACUUCCUUAGUUGAAGGGGAGGCUUUGCACUUGGCUCGGGAUUUUGGCUACACAUGUGAAACAGAGUUUCCAGCCAAGGCAGUGGGAGAACACCUUGCCAGACAACAUAUGGAACAGAAGGAACAGACAGCAAGAAAAAAGAUGAUCCUAGCGACCAAACAAAUUUGUAAAGAAUUUCAAGAUCUCCUGAGCCAAGAUCGAUCACCACUGGGAUCCUCUCGACCUACUCCAAUUUUAGACCUUGACAUCCAGAGACACUUAACACAUUUCAGUUUGAUCACUCAUGGCUUUGGGACUCCAGCAAUAUGUGCAGCUCUAAGCACUUUCCAGACAGUCCUCAGUGAAAUGCUGAACUACUUGGAAAAACACACUUCUCACAAAAACGGUGGAGCAGCGGAUUCUGGCCAAGGACAUGCCAACUCCGAGAAAGCCCCCCUGCGGAAAACUUCAGAGGCUGCUGUGAAAGAGGGCAAAACAGAAAAGACAGACUAGCUACAUCAAACAGAAUCUAUUUCCAGAGAGUCUUGCUGCUGAUAUUUUUUCUAAUAUAUAUAUCAUUGAGGGUGACUAAUCUUCAGUGGACAAAAUCUCUGCCCUCCCCCCAACCCUCCAUAUAAAACAAAAGUGGAAAUGAAAAAUGAAACAAAACAAAAAAAAAAGGACAAAUCCAAAAAAUGAAAAAAAAAAAAAAAGGAAAACAGCAGUGUAACCGUGUGAUGAAAUUGUCACUUUUUAAUUUUAUGUUAUGAUAAACUCCUUUUGUGCACGUAGUUUAUUGUUCUGAAUUAUAUACAUCACAGUUUUGAAGCACUUCUGGACUUUGGAGAGGCAGCACAUGCUUUUUCACAUUUAACCAAUGCACUUUCUUAUCCAGCUUUGUAGUUAGGGAUCAGAAAGCAUGACCAAACUGGAAUCCACCACCAGUGCUUACAGCUCCAGUCUUUCCUCAACUCCCUGUUAACAGAACAAUGCCUCUUUCCACUAAAUAGACCAAUCUGGAAAUUAAUUCAUUAAUAAAUGUUUGGGGAACUAAAAAGGGCAGUCAUGAAUUUUUGUCCUGUGAACUGACUGCAAUUCUAAAAAUUUGGUCACACCUAGCCUACCCAACUACCAAUGCCUUGGUGGUAUUUAAAAAUUCCAGAAAACUCUGUUCCUUCUAUGAUGGCCUCCCAGAUCCAUUUAUCCCCCGAUAGCUAAGAAGACAUUCAGAAGUUAUACCACUGUAAGGAUAAGAAAUGAAUUUUCUCUCCAUUCUCCUCAUGUUACCCACUUAACAGUUAAAGCAAAACAGACUGCCUUUAGGGGAAGGUAGAUGGACACAGGAGAGGGCAGCUUCACCACUCUUGGGCUCUUCUUCAUGGAAAGCAGUGGUGUUUUGUCUGAAAAUGUAUGGGAACAGGAACAGUGAUCUUUCUGGGAUGUCCUUCCCCUCAGAGAUCAUAGAAGAGACCAGGGAACUAGUGGAGGCCCUUUUAAAACACCAGUGGCCAUUGAUUUUAGGGUUAAGAUGAGAACCACUUCUUUUGUGCUUCCUCUACCUGCCAAUAGUUGUGUUCUAAACCUUUAGAGGCACAAAACAUUAGGGUCUGUGUUCAAUAAAGAAAACGAAACAGAUUGAUCAGAGAAGAUUUUGCUGUUAGGAUGAUUCAUUUUAUUUAUUUAUUUAUUUUUUUUCAUAGCUUGUUCUUACAGCUCUGUUAUACUUUUCUUAAGACACUGAAAACAAGAGGUUCCCAAUUGCAACAGAGGCCAGGGACUAAUCGAAUGAAAGUUUGGUCCACAUAAUCCUGGAUAUGUUGAGAAACCUGAUUUGGCACCACAUGGUACUAUACCUUAUAUUGUUAACAAUUUUCAAAAUUCUAUGUAGGCAAGUGAAUACAUAGGUCAUCCUCUAUAUUAAAAAAUCAUUUUAAUAAUGUGUGAAUUCCCAAACUUAGUUUAGCAUGAAAAUAUUAUCCUCUCAUUAACAUAUUUCAAUUACUUUUAAAAAUCUACCAUAUUUUAACUCCAUGGGGAAUAUUUGUAUUAUAUUUAAUUGAGAGGAAAAGCUCAUUUAUUUCAUAUAGAAAUCACAUAAAUUAUUUUUACUGACUAAUAAUUCUUAAAAUCUUUUGAGCUUUGAAUCUGUACAGAAAAGAAGAACUAUAAGCUAGGCAUGAUAGUGUAUUUCUGUAAUCCCAGCUAAUAGAGAGGCUGAGGCAGCAGGAUCACGAGUGUAAGGCCAUCCUCAGCAACUUAGUGAGACCCUAUCUCAAAAAACAAUAAAAUAAAUGUAUAAAUAAAGAAAGAAAUGGGGUAAAGAAAAAAGUAAUUAUGACCAAUGAAACUUUAAAUGUUCCAGAUUAAAUCCAAUUAUAGAGAAAACACUACUAAGGAAUUCCAUAAAAAAGGACUUUAUAGUUUCACAGUGGGAGACCUUAAAUAAAAAAUUGUAAAAAUAAUUAAUUGUGAUUUCAUAUGUUGUUCCAUUUUUUAAUUUUACCAUUAUUCGUGGCUUCAAAAUUUUUUUGAAAUAUAAUAAAGCUGAGAUUCUGCUGCAGUUCCAAAUUUCAUCACAAAAUAACUGAUUCCACCUUACAUAAAAUUUCCCAUGUUGUAAAAUAUACACAUAAAACAAAAAUGGUAAGUAUUUCAAUUUAAUAGGGAAGUCAUAUACAAAUAAUGUGGGUAACCGUUUUCUUAAUGAAAUUUCCACGUUAACUUUAUUUAUUCCAUUUAUGAUUAACAAUACAUAUGUAUUUAAUAUGGCAUUUUGAUAUGCAUAUCUCCUCGGUGUUUAAUGUAGUUUAUAUACCAUGUCCAAUGUUCACCAAUAAUCAAAAAUUAGAUCUGGCUUAUAUUACGAGCUUAUUUCUUCACCCUUAGUUGUGACUAGUUUGGGUUCUAAACACCUUAAUGGGGUGUUGUUAUUUAUUAGCCUUGGAAACAAAAGCAUAACUAUAACUACAGUGCAUAUUACUUACCAGGAUUUUUGGGUGUUCUAAGAGCCUUAAAUGGACAGCACCCAUCAUUUAACUUAACCAGCCAUUAGAACCUAAGUGAAUUGAUGGACUGGUCCUGUUUAGAAUCAUCAUUUAUUAUCAUAUUCUAAUAGACAUUGUUAACAUCAACUUUUGCCUUGUAUAUAAUAGGUA